AUGACCCUUAAAUCUUUCCCUAUUUAAACAACUAAACAUCAUAACAACUGCAUCAUCUCUUCCACCAUACAAGUUUCUCAAGUUCUUUAAAAGAGAAAAAAAAACUGGGUGUAUAGCAGCGAAAGCCGAAGAAAAGGAGAAAAGAUGAUAUACAGCCGCGGAUUCCUGUUAUUUCUCGCCACGCCACUCACAGCUCAGUCCACAGGGAAAGCUGCAAAUCGCCAAAUCGUUCGUUCUCAGCUUCUUCACGGCGGUUCCCGGUUGCGAAAAAAUGGCGGAGAAUGAAAUCGUUCAGCCACCUGAGGAUAUUGCUACUAAGACUAUUGUCGAGAAAACGGCAAGUUUCGUUUCCAAAUAUGAGAGUGAGAUAAUGCUGAAUGAUGUUAGAUUCAAUUUCCUGAGGAGCGAAGCUAAUCUUGUUUCCAUAGAUGGGCCGGUCUUUGAGAAGGACCUCAGGGAUUCUCAAGCUAAUGAUCCAAGGUUCAACUUUUUGAGGGACUCUUCCGAUGAAUAUCACGAAUAUUACCAGCGCAGGCUAGCUUACUACACCGUUGAGAAUAGAAGUCAAGCCAAGAUCAAUGGAUGACACUAAUACCUUCUGUAAGCAUCAUAUCCUGUCUCUGCCCAACCUUCUGCAGUUUAGACUUCCUUAAGGAGCUUGAUACAAUUAAGGUCACAGCUCAGUUUUCAGUGUGGUAUGGGCAUUAUUUUGUGUGGGCUCUGAGAAAUCAUAUGACCCAGCUUGAGUUUCUUAGUCCAAAACAUAGCUGGAACGCUUUUUACAAGGAGUGUAAACAGGGAUUUGAGAAAGUGCUGAAGCCCCCCAAAGACUCUAGAGAAAAGCUGUAUAAGAGUGCCGAUUACACAGGGGCCGUUCAGCAGGGUUUCAAACAACGUAUUCAACAGGAUGAUCCUGUCAAGGAGCGUAAAUGGCUAGAGCAGGGGGAGAGGGCAAUGAUUGAUUGGCAUGAUUCUGUAUCCAAACCAUUUGCCAUCGAGGAGGUUCAAGAGCUACCACCUCAAGGACCAGAUGCUAAGAGACAAAAGCUUGAUGACUGGGUUCUUGUUCCAGAAAACCAAUUUCUUGCUCAGCAUCCGGGUGCAGCUUCACUUACGGUUUCUUUUCCCAACCGACAAGGAUUUACGUUGAAGGUGGAAUUGUCCGUAAGUGUUCUAUUUUUGAAGCAGCGAAUAGCUCAAGUGAUCGAAAUUCCAGCGGUCAAGUACAAGUUAAGUGGAAAAUCGGGGGUUCUGGAGGACGACAAGAAGUCACUUGCACACUACAAUGUGGGACCUGGAGAUAUCCUAACACUGUCUCUGUGAGGACACAGAUUGAUACAUGGAGAAAGCUUUUGGAUGUGCAGAGAAAGGCUUCUCAAAUCUCUUAACUCUAGAAGAAGGGAUUUAAUUUUCUUACUCGGUUAUAAAACGUUCUCUUUUCUUUCUUAUAGGACGUCGUUAAUAUGUCUGUGAUACCCCUGCGGUUUCAGUUUAGACUUUGAUAUCAAAAUAUUUAGGUAAA